AAACGAUAACGCAGGCAUCGAGUGAAUUAGCAAACCAGAGUUACAAAAGAAAAAACUACAUAAAUAUUGAUUCCCGCCGCUUGUUCAUUAUUUGACGUUUUCCAUUUCAGGUUUUUAGCCAACAACAGUCACAAUGUCGCUUCAAUCAGACGCCGUAUUCGAGAAAAUUAUCGAUGGCUUGAAGGACAAUGUCGCCAAGGCCAAGGCUAUUAACGGUGUGUUCCUCUACAAGAUCACCAAGGACGGCAAGGUGGCCAAGGAAUGGACUCUGGACUGCAAGAACGCUAAGGCCUAUGAGGGACCAGCGCAGGGCGUCAAGGUGGAUACCACAUUGACCGUUGCCGAUGAGGAUAUGGUUGAUAUUGCUUUGGGAAAACUGAACCCACAGGCUGCCUUUAUGAAGGGAAAGUUGAAAAUUGCCGGCAACAUCAUGCUGACGCAGAAGCUGGCGCCUCUCCUCAAGACGGACGCCAAGUUGUAAAUUGACAUUUGGUGGCAACACUUUCACAACUUUCCACACAGCGCCGUACAUCAAAAAACCCACAGUUGUAUGUAAUUGUUUAACUUUGCUUCACCAUUAUUCCGUUAUUUCAACCGUACUUGCAAAAUGUGAAUGUUUUUUUUUUUAAAUGUUUAUACUAUGUGUAAUUAGAAAAUAAUACAUAAGACUAAAAGGAACAUGUGCGUUGUUUUUAUUAUUGAGUAAAUUAUAUGAUAAAAGUGGUGCUUCAAAAA